GGUACCAGCCAUGAAAGCAUUAAGGUCCUCGCAGACAUCAGACAUAUUAGUACUUUUAUUUGUUCAUAAUAUUGCAAGUCAAAACCUUGCCCAUCUGCAAUUAUCCAAUUUGCAUCUAUCAUCAUCAACACCGACGUUAGCUCCUUAAAUAAAUAAGUACCUUACCACUAAUCUACACUCUAAUUUAAUUUAAUUUAUUUAUUAUUAAUUACUGCUUCCGAAACCCUUAAUUUAUUAUUAUGAAUUAAAUCGCCCCUCUGAAUUUCCGUGUAUUGACUUUAUCGUUUGCACCAACUUUGUAUAAAGAUAAUGUGUCUCUAAUACACUACAGCUACAUCAUCAAAUUUGGAUAGUUGUGUCAAUCUCCAUGGAUAAUGAAAUUGAGGUUCCUGCACAUUUUCUCUGCCCAAUAUCCCUUCAACUCAUGAGAGACCCUGUAACCGUUUGCAGCGGUAUCACUUACGACAGAGAGAACAUAGAGAAAUGGUUAUUCUCAUGCAAAAACGAAUCAUGCCCGGUUACCAAACAGUCCCUAAUACAACACACAGAUCUUGAUCUUAUUCUUACUCCAAACCACACCCUACGAAGGCUCAUCCAAUCAUGGUGCACCGUAAACGCCUCUCUCGGAGUCGAGCGUAUCCCUACUCCAAAACCGUCCAUGGACGCAUCGUCUCACAUCGCCAAACUGAUCUCCGAAGCGAAGCGAUUCCCGGAGACUAAGGAGAAUUGCCUCGCAACACUCAGAUCCAUGGCGUUCUUUGAAAGGAACAAGAGCUGUUUCGAGUCUUCAGGUGCAAUAGAGUUCUUAGCUACAAUCAUGAUGAAGAACAACAAUCGCGCCGAAGAAGAAGAACGAGAUCUAACUGAAGCUGCGAUUGAGAUCUUGUUUCAUCUUGAUCUCUCGGAAAAUCAGAUCAAGAAGCUAAUCAACAACGAGUGCCUUCAGUUUCUUGAAUCGUUGCUGCAAGCGUUGAAGCGUGGGAGCUGCCAAUCAAGAGCGUACGCAACACUUCUUUUGAAAUCGGCAUUUGCGGUUUCAAAUCCGAUCCAGUUAAUCAGCGCGAAAACCGAAAUGCUGUUUGAAAUCACGAGAGUGAUACGCGAUCGUAUAUCGCAGCAGGCUCAUAAGGCGGCAUUGAAGCUGGUGGUUGAGCUCUGUCCAUGGGGAAGAAACAGAAUCAAAGCGGUGGAAGCCGGCGCGGUGUCCGUGCUCGUGGAAGUGCUUCUUGAUUCGACGGAAAGAAGAACGUGUGAGCUGGCGUUAAUGGCGUUGGAUCAGCUUUGCGGUUGCGCGGAAGGGCGCGCGGAGUUGGUGAAGCACGGCGCGGGAAUCGCCGUGGUUUCGAAGAAAAUAUUGAGAGUUUCACGCGCCGCGAGUGACAGAGGAGUUAGGAUAUUAGCGUCGGUUUGUAGGUUCUGUGGAAGCGGGAGAGUAGUUCAAGAGAUGAUGCAGGUAGGAGCCGUUAACAAGCUGUGUUUGGUGCUUCAAGUUGAUAGCGCUUUGAAGACCAAAGAGAGAGCUAAAGAGAUUCUCAAGUUGCAUUCUCUGAUUUGGAAGAAUUCAACAUGUAUUCCUCUACCUUUGUUAUCAUCGUAUCCAUGACCAUCUAAUUAAUCUCUAUUUUAGUUCAUAACUUUCAUUUUUCUUGACUAUAGGACUGAUGAAACUAUUCUAUCUUGUUAUAUCAAGGGAAAAAAGAUUUAUAAUUAUCAAUUUUUUGCACAACAUUGUUCUCAUACUUCUAUGCAGUAUGAACUACAAA